GGUUAUUAUGAGAUUUUUGAACUACACGGAGAGGCGGGAAGUGAGUUAUUGAACCGGACCGUUAUUACAUCCCGGGGAACGUUUAACAGGUUAGUUAUCUCACAAUGACAAAGCGGGAAGCAUUUUUGCAGUCCAUUGCAAAGGAUUCAGUGGAGGACUUUUUAAAUUUUAUCCAACUUCAUAAAGACACAUUUGAUCCAUUUGAUUUGGAAGAAUUACUGCAAGAGUUGCCAAGAAAACACAAAGAGGAGCUGUGGGAGAAGCUGAAUACAUUGCUGAAGGAAUCUUUAGUAGCAAAUCCAGUGGAAGGAUGGCAGAGACUAGAAGAUGACAGUGACGAUGACAUGGAAAUAGAGACACCUUGUGAUAUAAAGAAUACAAUGGCUGUUCUCCAUGCAGUGACGGUUGUUACAACAAUUUCUGUGUCUGUAAUAGAGGAAGACGUAUCUUAUGGAGCACUUCUUGAAUGUGCAGCUAUUUUAAAUGGUAUUUUGCAUGCUUUACCAAAACACGAAUCCGAUGUUCGUCUUGCCAUUCGACAACUUUGUGAAGUGUGGUGGGAGAAGGGUUUAGAAGGAAAGGAGGAUUUUGGGAAAACUGCUUUUCUUUUGAUGUUGACGAAGUCUCUUGAAGCAAAGUGCGUGGUUGCGGAUAUUGCCCGCCUGUGGCGCCUCCAUCCAUGUCUCCUGAGUUUUGAUUACAAUUCUACAGAAAGUAAUGAAGUCAAGGAUUUAUUGCUUCAGUGUUUCUUGAGUGUUAACCACAUUAAAAGAGAAGAGGGUAGGCGGUUUCUUAGCUUUCUAUUCAGCUGGAAUGCCAACUUCAUUAAAAUGAUUCAUGGAACCAUUAAAAAUCAACUACAGUGUUUACCAAAGUCCUUGAUGGUCCACAUUGCAGAUAUAUAUUUUAGGGCAUGGAAGAAAGCUUCAGGUGACAUUUCGGAGACAAUUGAGAAUUGCUGUAUUCAGGACUUAAUGCAUCAUGGUGUUCAUCUUCCAAGAAAUUCACCAGUGAAUCCCAAAGUGCGAGAGGUGCUAAGCUAUUUUCACCAACAAAAGCUGAGGCAAGGAGUAGAAGAAAUGCUGAGCAGACUAUACCAACCUAUAAUUUGGAGAGGUUUAAAGGCAAGAAACUCUGAGGUUCGUUCAAAUGCUGCAUUAUUAUUUAUUGAAGCUUUUCCUAUUCGAGAUCCUCACCUUUAUCACGAAGAUAUGGACAAUGAGAUCCAAAAGCAGUUUGAAGAUCUUUUUUGCCUCUUGGAAGACCCUCACCCUCUUGUGCGUUCCACUGGAGUGCUUGGCGUUUGCAAAAUAACGGCUAAGUAUUGGGAGAUGAUUCCACCAUCAAUUUUGACAGAUCUUUUGAAAAAGGCACUUUGCGAUCUAGCUUCGGAUGUAAGCUCGGCGGAUGUACGUUGCGCUGUCUUUAAGUGUUUGCCAAUACUCUUAGACAACAAGCUGAGCCACCCAUUGCUAGAGCAGAUGAUGCCAACAUUAAAAUGCUGUCUGCAUGAUAACUCUGAGAAAGUUCGAGUGGCUUUUGUCGAUAUGCUGCUGAAGAUAAAGGCUGUCAGAGCUGCUAAGUUUUGGAAGAUCUGUCCUAUGGAACAUCUUUUGGCUCGUCUUGAAGUAGAUUCACGCCCAGUUUCACGUCGUAUUGUAAAUCUCAUGUUUAAUUCCUUCUUCCCUGUUAAUCAGCAAGAGGAGGUUUGGUGUGAGCGAUGUGUCACAUUAAUACAAAUGAAUCCUGCAGCAGCACGAAAGUUUUACCAGUAUGCCCAUGAACACACUGCCCCUACUAACAUUGCAAAAUUGAUGCUUGCUAUUCGAAGAUGUUUAAAUGCUUGUAUUCAACGGACUGUUCGAGAAGAUGAUGAUGAGGAAGAGGAAAAUGAAAAGGAGAAUACAAGUGUACUGGUCAAUGUGUUAUCAACUGCAGACACUGCUUCAAUGGCAAGUUUACUGGAAAUAGUUGUGGUCCUGUGGAGAAGCAUUCGAAAAGCUCUUGACCAGAAUGAUGAAGCCAAAAACUACACAAUAAGCAAAUUUGCCUCUGUUCUUCCAGAAUAUUUUAAGAUUUUUAAGGAUGAUCGCUGUGUUGUUCCUUUAAUAAUAUUGGCUUCUUUUAUGCCUGCCUCUGCUGUUCCAACAUUCAGCUGUUCUGUACUGUCAAAGCUGAGGAACUUUGAUAAAGAUGUAGAUGAAAAUAAAUAUUCUACUCUUAUCGAUUGUCUUUGUCGCUGGGGUCAAGUUGGGCACAUAUUGGAGCUGAUAACAGACUGGCUUUCUGACAGUUUACCAGAGAAGAAGAGAAAGGAUUCAAAAGUGCGUAUCCAGGAUACAAUGGAGACUAAGCCAGAACUGGCCCUCGAUUAUAUUGAGUACAUUAUGACUAAUACUAUGAAUCGAGAUUGUCUUCUGUCUCUUCCAUCAAAGAAACUGAACCAGCUUUUAAAAGUUCUUGGCAUUGUGAAGGAUGUUCUGGUCUCCUUUAUGAAGCCAUCAACUGUAGUGAUUCACAAACUCGACCAAGCAACAGCAUUAAGAGCGUUUAGCCUUUAUUGCAGGAUCAGUAUUCAUCUUCAACAUAAGUUCAGUAGUGAAGGGAGAACGUAUUUGUCUGUACUUGAAGAAAUUGGUGUAUGGAUCGAAAGUAAAGUUCUUGCCAAUCUAGAGAGCACAUCAGAAGAUCUGAAGGACCAAAAAAUGUCUCAACAAAUACUUAAGGCCUAUUUGGCAGUCUGUAAAGAUGUUUUAAUGGUUGGUCUGGGUGAUUCAGAGUUCCAAGCUCAAAUUCUACAAAUUAUUCUUUCAGUAAUAGAAACAGAUAUGUGCACUGAUUGCAUGCCAUUGCUUCUCUCUGUAUUAAAAGAAAUAGCAGAAGUUUGUUUGGCUCACAAAGUGAAUAACGCCAGUGUGGAUUGUGAUGAACUGAUUGAUGCUAUCCAGACGGUGUUCCAUAAAAUUUUAGAGACAUUAGCACGAAAACUUCGAAAGCAGCAUGAACAAGCAAUUCAGUUACUGCAGUCCGUCCAUGUUCCUCUUGGUGAGUUUGUACAAACUGUCCAGUGUUGGCAUAGUGCGUGCCCAGAGAUUCAGCGUGGAAUGCUGUCAACACUUCUUGCUGCUGUUGUUGUCGAAAUAGGCCAUUGGCUAGGCAAGAUUUCUGAUUUAAGCAAGCUCGUGCCACCCUCAUCAGUUUCAGAUCUGCCUCCACUUUCAAGAUGUUUAAUGUCCGUAAUUAUUAAAUCUCCCAGUGUUUUAAGCUCAUUUUUAGGUGAAUUGACAGAGUGUAUCACAUCAGGAGAAGUUGAUGGCAUUAUGAGCUUGACUGCAUCUUUACAUGUGGCUUUUGCUUGCAGCAAGGGUAAACGCAUGACUGCCUAUGUCAAGGAAUUUGUUUCAACAAUUUAUAGAAAAUUAAAAAAUUAUAGAGAAGUUACAAUGGAAGAUGCAGAAAGCAGAGAAAGAAUCAUAUAUGAAUCCUCCAUGAAGAUUUUAGAUGAACUUCUGCAGCCGUGAAUUCUGUUAAUUGACAAAAAGAAAUUAAAUUAUGUUUUUUAUAAUGCUGAAAAUAUGUACAUAUUUAAAAUUGUAAAAUGGAAAACAAAUUGUUGUUUUUUAAUACUAAGCAAGCUUUUUUAUAUUUGCUGGAAAAAAUGUUGAGAAAUGAUCUAGUAGAAAUGGUAUCAUGUUUCUAUAUAUAUUUAAUCAAAGUAUCCUUAUUAAUAUAAAUAUGCAAUACUGAAAACUUGUUUUAUUUUUAAAUUUGCAUUACACUAUGAACAUUUUCAUUCAUUCGUUUUUUUAUAUAUGUGUAGCUUGUAAACAAGUAUAAAUAAUUUUACUUUCUCUAGGUAAUGUUUUGCUAGCAGUAUCUAAAGAAUUGUUAAAUAUUAAGUUGCUAUUUAUUUAUAUUUUUUCAUGUUGUGGAUCAAGAAAACCUGGCUUCAGUAAAUUACCUAAAUUAAAAAAAUAUAUAUAUUUUUUAUGAUACAUGUUAUAAAUUGUAUUACUCUACACCCGAAUUGGCAUUACACCCUAUGUUUUUACAGCGAUUUAAACAAUCUGUUCUCCCAUAAAAUGUAUUUUAAUUGUAGUGAUUUAAACAAAAUAAAUGGCCAGAGCUUUGAAUGAUGUACAUUAUUUUUAAAUGUUAGCAUAAACUAUACCUAAAAGGGCA